AUGAGUGAGAAAGAUGAGGACAAGGCUGCCGAGGGCCGUGUCGGAGACGGUUUAGCCAGCAGCUCGUCUCCCGAAAGCCAAAAGCGCUCGCCAGGCCAAUCAAGACGUAAGCCCCUGCCCGGCAUUUUUACGCAACGAGCCCCGAGCUUCUCCAGCCGCGCCACCGGAACGCCUCUUGAGAGCGGGAUCGGCCGGCGAAGCAUGGCCGUCGAUUCUCCGUUUGGCCGGCUUCCCCUAACGGCGGCCAGAGGCACGCCGAGCCAUACGUUCAUGUUCGGCGGCUACAGCGGGCUCGAGGAGAUGCGGGAGGCGCUGGAGCGACAGGCGAGUAUCAUUGACAGGAUGAUUGUCGCCGAAAAGGAGGUCGCUGCCGAGGCCGAAGACGCCAGGAAAGCCCGCAUUGAGGCUGAGCUCGCGGCAGAGGAAAUGGAGCGACGGGUGGAAAGCCUGACCAAGCAGCUCAGUAUCAGCCAAAAUGAUCGGACGACUGCCCCUAGCGGACCAGUCAGCGAGAAGCUGACGCCCACACAGCGGGAGAAGGCUCUGUGGGAGGAACUUGUGGAGGCAAAUACAAAGGUCUCGAGUCUCGAGGCCAAGGUGUUGGAGUCGAACGAAUCAGCCUGUCGCGCAGAGAAGUUCCUCGGAGAGACCGAGAGCAGGCUGGCAGUGGUUGAGGAACAGCAUGAACGCGACAGGGAAUCUUGGAGAUCAAUGUCGUAUAGAAAGAAGUCCUACGCCGAUGAAACCCAGACGCACAGAGGAAAGGGGAAAGAUGGUUCAAGCGAUAGCAAGGCAUCCACAAAGUCCGACUCCACGAAACAUGCAAGCGACUCGGGAGAUGAGAGGAGGAAGAGACCGCCUCCUUCGACUACUGAUACGUCGUCCAAUUGCCCCAUCUAUGAGGAAGAGGAUGUGACGGGUGAAGUGCACCUGGAGACCUCCGGUUCGGAGGACGAUUACCCAGACGACAAGAUAAUGCGCGGCCAUACACACGUCGGCUGGAGCGAAUCAGUCAGUAUGCCUCGGGCUGACUGGGAAGCCGUGCUGGACGAAUACUCAAGGUUGCAGAAUAUGAAGGAGAUCUUUCAAUUUGGCGCUGCAGCACAAGAUUCACUUCGUGCGGCCGCUGAUGCCGGCCGAGAGAGUGAGUUGCUCGAGAUCAGUGAUCUCGAGGCUAUCUUGCAGGAGAGUUUCGAUCCGUGGGCGCAGGAGGAGAAUGAAAAGGAACAGGAGGCCGACGACUCAUUCUCAGACAAGGCAACAGUGAAGGACGACGGACAGCAUAGUCCAACACGGACCGAGGAGUGGGACCAGGAGGUGGCCAAAUUGCAAUCUGAACUUAUUAAAAUCGAGAGGGAAAAGUCGACUCUCGGCAAGCAGUUGGCAAGCGCUGGGUCAAUGAUCGAGGGAAUGAAGCGCAACUCGAACGAGCGUACAGUCAAUGCAGACGCCACCAACAAGCAGUUUCAACAUAUCGACAAGGCCCUCAAAGAAAAACAUCAAAGGCAAGCAGCCCUCAGUAGAGCAUAUGAGGCGAGUUCGGAAAAAGAACGUAUCGACGAGUUACGCGAAUCGUUGGCUUCCAGCGCCAAGGUAUACAGGGAAGCUUUAACAAGACUGCCUGAUGUACCUGGCCGAAGAUUGGUUAAGGAGCACGACAUGUGCCAGGAACAGGCAUCUGCACUGGAGCAACGACUGGGCAAGCUCAUGACGCAAAUGGCCGAUAAGUCAAAGGAAAUGGGGACGCAACUCACCAAGCUCACCUCCGAGGCGAACGAGCUUGAGAUUGCGCUUUUCCAGGCCGAAGAUCGAUACGAAGUGGUACAAGAACCGCUCCGAAAACGGCUUCAGCAAAUCAAGCGUGAGCUCGAAGAAGCACAAGAAGCCGUUGCCGCGGCGAUCCAAGACCUCUAUCAUGAGACGCAUCAAUUGCAUGGACACAAGAACGAAAGGGGGAAUGAUGAGGAGAAGGACAGAGAGGGGGUGCUCGACCAGCCACAUGUCAGAAAGCUUAUCAAGUGGGUUAAAAGCCUUGAACACGAGUUAAGGCAGGCCAAGGGGAACCAUGAUGAACUGGAAGUUCGCGUUGCAAGGCUUGAGGCGUGGCAGAAGACAACUGCAACAAGGCUUCAUGCCACAACAGGGGAUCUGAAAGGUGUCAAGCAGGGACAGGACGGCGUCCAGGAGAACUUUGAGGGCGCGCCCGAGGGGCCCAAGACAAACGAGCCGGGGCCGUGGCGGUCCUUGUCAGGCCUGGAAUCGACCCUUCGCAGCAACGUCUCGGCCUGGAGGCGUCUGUUGAGUUUUGUGUGGGCAGGCUUUCUUUAUCUCGGGAUCUUGAUGCAUGACUUGGUUUUGGGAACGAAUCAGCGAGUGGCGGCAUGGUCCAAGAUGAUAUCUCCGACGAAGCUGAUGCAGAGGGGACGACCAUUUCGGUGGCCGCAGCUUCAAGCAAGCGACCUGGUCGUUGUGCUAUUCCAUGUGACUGUAUGGGCCAUCAUUCUCAAAGCAAUUUUGACAUGGUGGGCGCUGAAGGAGCAGCAGGACAUGUGGUUCAGAGCAAACGGCCUGACGAGGGCGUACUACCACGACAUGACUGGAUGCGAUCCCAUUAUGGUGGAUGAGCGAUUCUUCAGCGACGGGUUCCGCAUGGUCAACCAAGGGCUUGCAGCUAUUCCACGAUGGCUACUGCUGAUGUUUGACGCUGCAAGACGGGGUUUGGAGGCAUGUCUCGGUGUGAGGAGAAUAUCGGCGUGA